AUGGUCCGCACCUCGUAUCGCAAACAGCUGACCACAACCCUGGAGAAUGCAAUCAAAAACGACCUCACAGCGAUGGCAUUUGAGUAUUUGUUCAGAGAAGACAAAGGAGAUACAUCCGCAUCCGAUAAGAAUACUGAUGACGAGGAUGACAAAUGGGAAGAUGAAGAAAUGAUCUAUGCCGACCUGGAGGUUAAGGCCCGAGCUCUCCUCAAAAUCCAAAGUCAGCGGUAUCUAGGCCCUCGGGGACGGAUCGAAAAAGCACCUGAGAUGCAUCAGUUUAUCCUUCACCGGAUGCAUGAAAAUCGGUUCAAGCAAUUUUUUCGCAUGACUUGGGCUUUGUUCUUGAAGCUAUGCAGCCAAGUUGCAAGCAACCCGAUUUUCGUGAACAACUCAAAUCAUCCUCAGCGUCCGGUAAUCGAACAGAUGAUGGUCGCCCUGAACCGAUUGGGGUGCUUUGGAAAUGGUGUAUCUGUUGGAAUGAUCGCGACUUGUUAUCGAAUUGGCGAUGGGACUGUGGAGGUAUACACAAAUCGGUGCAUUAUGGCUAUAUUAUCCCUCAAAAGCACCCUACUUGAAUGGCCUACCGCUGCUGCCCGAGAAGAGACCAAGAUGCAUUUUGGUGACGUGGGGUUUGAAGGGUGUGUUGGACUGAUUGACGGUAGUCUGGUUGUAUUAUCGACCUGCCCCGAGAAGGACGGCCCGGAUUACUAUAGUCGGAAGGGGUUUUAUUGCAUUGCUACCCUACUGGUUUGUGACCAACACAAAAAUAUCAUCUAUGUGUUCACGGGUUGGCCUGGCUGUUCUCACGAUAUGCGACUUAUGACGAACUGUGCGCUAUCCAAAUCACCAAACCGAUACUUCUCAGACGGAGAAUACCUUUUGGCCGACUCGGCCUUUGUACCCACUCUCACGACAGUGCCUGCUUUCAAGCGCAAGAGAAACAAGCCGCUAACAGAUGAACAAACAGAUUUCAACCGACACCUCUCCGGUGUUCGGGUAGCCGUAGAAAACUGCAUUGGGUUAUUGAAAAAUCGAUUCCAAAGUCUCAGAGGAUUACGGUUGCGGGUGUCAAGCAAACACGACAUGCAAAGGGUGACAUCUUGGAUUAUGGUAAGGGGUCAUAUUUUGGCUGGACAAGAUUAUGAUUUUGAAGACUUCGAACUUGAAGAGGAACCCGAGGAAGACGGUCCGGCCCGCGGAGACGGUGCAAUGGUCGGGACGGCGGCUGGGAAACGCAAGCAGAAUGAGGUCUUGGAGCUGGCCCGCAUGUUUUGUGAGGAUGGGGGCGAAUUUUGA